CUGGGGAGGCGGGCGGGGUCCCCGCGGAAGCCGCAGCGCUCACCGCUCGCCUGUCGCCCCCGCAGUCCCGGCACCAGAAGCGCGCGCGCGCCCAGGCGCAGCUCCGCAACCUCGAGGUCUAUGCUGCGCAGCCGCACUCGUUCGUGUUCGCUCGGGGCCGCGCGGGUCGCAGCGUCCGGCAGCUCAGCCUGGACCUACGGCGGGUCAUGGAGCCGCUCACCGCCACCCGUCUGCAGGUACGAAAGAAAAAUUCUCUCAAGGAUUGCGUGGCAGUGGCCGGGCCCCUUGGAGUCACACAUUUCCUGAUCUUGAGCAAAACGGAGACCAAUAUCUACUUUAAGCUGAUGCGCCUCCCAGGAGGCCCCACCUUAACCUUCCGGAUCAACAAGUACACAUUGGUGCGUGACGUGGUCUCCUCACUGCGCCGGCACCGCAUGCACGAGCAGCAGUUCACCCACCCACCCCUCCUGGUGCUCAACAGCUUUGGCCCCCACGGCAUGCACGUGAAGCUCAUGGCCACUAUGUUCCAGAACCUGUUCCCCUCCAUCAACGUGCACAAGGUGAACCUAAACACCAUCAAGCGCUGCCUUCUCAUCAACUACAACCCCGACUCCCAGGAGCUGGAUUUCCGCCACUAUAGCAUCAAAGUUGUUCCUGUGGGUGCAAGUCGAGGGAUGAAGAAGCUUCUCCAGGAGAAGUUCCCCAACAUGAGCCGCCUGCAGGACAUCAGCGAACUGCUGGCCACGGGUGCAGGGCUGUCAGAGAGUGAGGCAGAGCCCGAUGGUGAGCACAAUAUUACGGAGCUGCCCCAGGCCAUCGCGGGGCGUGGCAACAUGCGGGCCCAGCAGAGCGCCAUUCGUCUUACUGAGAUUGGGCCUCGGAUGACACUGCAGCUUAUCAAGAUCCAGGAAGGUGUUGGGGAGGGAAACAUGCUGUUCCACAGUUUUGUGCACAAGACGGAGGAGGAACUGCAGGCCAUCUUGGCAGCUAAGGAGGAGAAGCUGCGGCUCAAGGCUCAGAGGCAGGACCAGCAGGCACAGAAUGUCCAACGCAAGCAGGAGCAGCGAGAGGCCCACAGAAAGAAGAGCCUGGCGGGCAUGAAGCGGGCACGAGCAGAGGCUGAUGGGGACAGCGAUGCCGAGGACCCUGGGGCACCCCCAGAGGCGGAAGGGCCUGGCCAGGAGGAGGAGGAUGAAGCCGAGUAUUUCCGCCAGGCAGUGGGCGAGGAGCCCGAUGAAGAUAUGUUCCCAAACGCGCGGCGCAGACGGCCCAUUGGGCUUUCAGGCAAGAAGCAGCGGUGGCAAUGUUAGAGGGGUGCCCCGCCCUGCCCAGCCAACAUGUCUGUGGCUGCCGACCACAUCCUCAAUAGGUUCCAGGAAGUCUUCCUGUGGCCCAUACUGGUGGCUGAGUUUCUGGUGGCUGUGGCAGCCAACAGCCUGGCCCUCUACCGCUUCACCACACAGGAGCAGCGCCCAUGGAACCCAGCUGUGGUCUUCUCUGCCCAGUUGGCUGUCAGUGACCUACUCUAUGCCCUGACGCUGCCCCCGCUGGCUGCCUACUUGUACCCACCCAAACACUGGCGCUAUGGGGAAGCCAUGUGCCGCCUGGAGCACUUCCUCUUUGUCUGCAACAUGCUGGGCAGUGUCAUCUUUAUCACCUGCAUCAGCCUCAACCGUUACCUGGGUGUUGUCCACCCCUUCUUCACCCGCAGCUACCUGCAACCCAAGCAUGCCUGGGCCAUCAGUGCUGCUGGCUGGGCGCUGGCAGGCCUGAUAGCUGCACCCACACUCAGCUUCUCCCGCCUGACGACACCACAUCAGGAAGGCAACUGUACUAAGGCCAGAACUGAGGCGUGCAUCAAAUGCCUGGGGACAGCAGGUGACAACCAACUCGAGGCCUACAGAACCUACAGCUUAGCAAAGGCAGUACUGGGUUGUGGCCUGCCACUGCUGCUCACCCUGGUGGCCUACGGUGCCCUUGGGCGGGCUCUGCUGCGCAGCCAUGGCAUGACACUGGCCGAGAAAAUGAACGUAGCAGUGCUAGUGGCCAGUGGUGUAGCCCUUUAUGUUGGCUCCUAUGUGCCCUACUAUGUCACACAAAUGCUCAACUUGUCCGCCCGGCAGCGCUGGAGAGCCCGCUGCCCAGCAUUUGUGGACGUGGCUCAGGCUAUGGAAGCCCUGGACCUGAGGUCCUAUGUAGGCCACCAGGUGAUGCGGGGCCUCAUGCCCCUAGCCAUGUGCAUCCACCCACUGCUCUACAUGGCUGUAACACCCAGCCUAGGCUGCUGCCACCAACACUGCCUUGGCUGCAGGGAGGGCCAGACUCUAGAGAACACUGAGAGCUCUGGCCCAGCUCUGCCCCUCAACAUCACAGCCACCAGAACCUCGAGGCCCUGGUCCCCUAAGCUGAGCCCAUGACCUGCCCUAUCUUGAGCCUCUUCCCUGCCAAAAGGCAAUUAUACCCAGCAGCAGAACAGGGGUGAGAGAACAACAGGCCCCAAACUGCCAUUUCCUCCCCGAAGAAAGGCCUGUGGUGGGAGGAGUGAGAACCCAAGCCAGAGCGGCAAAAA